ACCUAUGCUGGUCCUACAGCUUCCGGUCCGGGAGCCCUGGGAAUUAGCUUGAGGUCUUUACAAAAGGUGGAUGGAGACUCGAGCACUUUCUCCCUGUUGCCACCUCCGCCCAGCCCGCCUUCGGAAGUUGGCGGCAGAGUCACUGGGGACCAAGUCGGGCAGCGUUUUCGGUCCCAGUCAUGGAUGAAGGUGGUUCCCGCAUCCGCCGGCGGGUGUCUGUGCGCAAAAGGAACCGUCCUAGCCUAGGGAGCAUUUUUGCCUUCCCCACGGUGGCGCCGCUCAAGACUGGCGAUGAGCAGGAAGAGGAGGAGGAGGUGGAAGCUGGGAGCCGGCGGCGGAAAACCGUGGGCCUGCAACCCGUGGAGCAUAAUGACAGCGAAGAGGACAUGUUUGGUGACUAUGAUAGCUUUACUGAAAACUCCUUUUUAGCGCAAGUCAAUGAUUUGGAACAGAAAUACAUACUACUUUCUGAACAAAGGAAACAUGCUAUGGACUUUGCCACUGAAGAUUUUUGUUCAGAAAGCAUAAAAAACAAACUCAGUGUUACUACUGUAAGCAACUUUACUGAACACAAAACUGAUGAGCAUACAGAGAACCUGAGGGAGCAUAAAGAUGUCCCUGUUGAACCUGGAACUGAUGUUUUGUAUGAUUUGCCUUCUUCUCAAGUUUUAUACUUUGAAAAUUUGCAGAACUCUUCAAAUGAUUUGGGUGAUCAGUUGACUAAAGAAAGGAAUGGGAGCUCAUCCUUUCCCAAUACUGUGAGUGAAGAAUUGCCCCAUAAUUGCGUAAAGCAACUCCAGCCAAAUGAUGAAUCCUCUUCUAAAGUCAGAAAUAAUUCAGAUACAAGUAGGAGAAAAAGUAUUAAAGAUCAUCUAAAAAGUACUAUGACCGGAAAUGCAAAGGCCCAAACACCAAUAUUUUCUAGGAGUAAACAACUCAAGGAGACUCUCCUAUCUGAAGAAAUUAAUGUUGCUAAGAAAACAAUUGAGUCUUCAUCAGAUGAUCUUGGUCCAUUUUAUUCAUUGCCCAGCAAAGUGAGAGACCUUUAUGUUCAGUUCAAAGGAAUUGAAAAAUUAUAUGAAUGGCAACAUACUUGCUUAACACUGAGUUCUGUUCAAGAAAGAAAAAAUUUAAUAUAUUCCUUGCCAACGAGUGGUGGAAAAACCCUUGUGGCCGAGAUUUUAAUGCUACAAGAACUGCUUUGCCGGCGGAAGGAUGUUUUGAUGAUCCUUCCAUAUGUGGCAAUUGUCCAAGAAAAGAUUUCAGGUUUGUCAAGUUUUGGUAUAGAACUAGGUUUCUUUGUUGAAGAAUAUGCUGGAAGCAAAGGACGCUUUCCUCCAAUUAAAAGAAGGGAAAAGAAAUCACUAUAUAUUGCCACCAUUGAAAAAGGACAUAGCUUGGUGAACUCCUUGAUUGAAACUGGAAGGAUUGACAGUCUGGGUAUGGUGGUUGUAGAUGAGUUGCACAUGAUUGGUGAAGGGAGCCGGGGUGCUACACUGGAAAUGACCCUAGCAAAAAUCCUCUAUACCAGCAAGACAACUCAGAUUAUUGGUAUGAGUGCAACAUUAAACAAUGUAGAAGACCUACAAGACUUCCUUCAAGCAGAAUAUUAUACCAGUCAGUUUAGACCAGUUGAAUUAAAAGAAUAUCUGAAAAUAAAUGAUACAAUAUAUGAGGUCGACAGCAAAGCUGAGAAAGGCAUGACUUUUUCACGUCUCCUCAGUUAUAAGUAUUCUGAUACCUUAAAAAAGAUGGAUCCUGAUCAUUUGGUAGCGUUGGUGACAGAAGUUAUUCCCAAUUAUUCCUGCUUAGUUUUUUGUCCCAGUAAGAAGAACUGUGAAAAUGUAGCAGAAAUGAUAUGCAAAUUUUUAAGCAAGGAAUAUCUGAAACACAGGGAAAAAGAAAAAUGUGAGGUGAUUAAGAACUUGAGGAACAUCAGCAGUGGCAACCUGUGUCCUGUCUUAAAGCGCACCAUCCCAUUCGGAGUUGCCUACCACCACAGCGGCUUAACAAGCGAUGAAAGGAGGCUCCUUGAGGAGGCCUAUUCCACAGGCACUCUCUGCCUUUUGACCUGCACAUCCACUCUAGCAGCAGGGGUCAACCUACCAGCAAGAAGAGUUAUUUUAAGAGCUCCCUAUGUUGCUAAGGAAUUUUUAAAGAGGAAUCAAUAUAAACAGAUGAUUGGCAGAGCUGGCCGUGCUGGAAUAGAUUCUACUGGAGAGAGUAUCCUUAUUUUGCAAGAAAAAGACAAGCAGCAGGUCUUGGAGCUAAUAAGUAGACCACUGGAAAACUGUUAUAGCCAUCUCGUUCAGGAAUUCACCAAGGGAAUCCAAACUUUGUUUCUCUCUUUGAUUGGUUUGAAGAUUGCAACAAAUCUUGGUGAUAUAUAUCACUUUAUGAAUGGUACAUUUUUUGGUGUACAGCAAAAGACUUUAUUAAAAGAAAAAAGUCUCUGGGAAAUAACUGUUGAAUCACUUGGAUAUCUGACAGAGAAAGGACUCUUACAAAAAGACACUGUUUAUCUGUCUGAAGAAGAAUCGCAAUGUAAUUUUCAUAUUACAAAAUUAGGACGAGCUUCUUUUAAGGGAACUAUAGAUUUGGCUUAUUGUGACAUUCUGUACAGAGACUUGAAGAAAGGUCUGGAAGGGCUUGUGCUCGAAAGUCUUUUGCAUCUCAUCUACUUAACAACUCCCUAUGAUCUGGUUUCUCAGUGUGACCCUGAUUGGAUGAUAUACUUCAGACAGUUUAGUCAACUCAGUCCAGCCGAACAAAACGUAGCUGCUCUUCUUGGAGUCUCUGAAAGCUUUAUUGGGAAGAAAGCAUCUGGUCAAGCCGUCAGGAAGAAGGUGGACAAGGACAUUGUCAACAGACUCUACCUGUCUUUUGUUCUUUAUACCUUGCUCAAAGAGACCAACAUUUGGAGUGUGUCUGAAAAAUUUAACAUGUCUCGAGGAUAUAUACAAAAUCUACUUACAGGAGCUGCCUCCUUCUCAUCCUGUGUGUUACAUUUCUGUGAGGAACUUGAAGAGUUUUGGGUUUAUAGGGCCCUUUUGGUAGAACUUACCAAGAAGCUGACUUACUGUGUGAAAGCAGAACUAAUCCCUCUCAUGGAAGUGACUGGAGUCUUAGAGGGUCGAGCAAAACAGUUAUACAAUGCAGGUUACAAAAGUCUAAUACAUUUAGCUAAUGCUAACCCAGAAGUGCUGAUAAGGACAAUUGAUCAUUUAUCAAGACGCCAGGCCAAGCAAAUUGUUUCAUCAGCAAAGAUGCUGUUGCAUGAAAAAGCAGAGGCUUUACAAGAAGAAGUAGAAGAAUUAUUGAGAUUGCCUUCUGAUUUGCCUGAUGUUGAGGCAUCUUCCAGUGAAAAAGGCAUGAAGCUAUCCGAUGCACAUUUUCAAAUUUGAAUUAUUUAUUACAUAUGUUUUAUUAAAGAUUCCCUAUACUUUACAAGUGAAAAAAUAUAUUUAAAUCAUGCAUUAAGAACUAUGGAUAGUAUUUUAAUAUAACACUCAUAUUUAUAGUUAUCUUCUAAUAUUCAUUUUCUUCAAUAUUUACACAUUAUUUUUCUGUUCAAAACCUGUAGUGCCCACCACAAAAUGAAUUCAAACUUCCUCAACAUAUCCCCAGACUAGCUUUGUAACCAUACCUUUUAUUCUCUUACCUUUUUUAUUAUUAUUUUAAUUUGUUCUACUGUGGAUUGAACCCAGGACCUUGUGCAUGCAGAACACAUGCUCUACCACUGAACUACACCCCCGGCCCUCUCAUCCAUUUCUUCCUUCAAACUGGAUUAGUUGAAAUUCACAGAAUUUUCCCUGUGAUUUUUCAAACCCUUCAAUUUCUAACUGCUUUAUGUUAUUAUCAGCACAUGAAAAUUUACUAUAUAAUUUGUGUUAACUAAAAAUGUAUAAAUACUGUCUCUCUGAAAUUAUUCCACCUUCAUCCUCAUGUCCCUUUACAGGCUGUUGUUUCCCUUCUAUAAGCAUUGUAGACCCUCAUUUAUGCCCUCCAUUUUUUCUUGCUACUAGCCUGAAAUAAUCUGAAGACAUGAGAUCUUUUUUUUAAAUCAUCUGUAUAUGCCACACCAUCUUCCACAGUUCACUCCACAAAGUUAGAAUCUAUAUGAAGAACAAAUAUUACCAGAUUAACUAUUCAAUCACAACUUAGAUAUCCCCCCACUCCUUCUUCAGAAUUAUAGCUCAAAUAUAAAUGACUGAGGUAUAAAAGAAGGUGAUAACUAACAAUAUUUACAAAUAUUGAGCUAGUUUGGUUGAAGUUCUGCCUGUUUAAGAGACAUUCAUUGGAAACUUUGCAGAUAGAUCCACAGUCUAAGUUCUUAGUGUCUUAGCAUUUUAGACCACUAGAGUAUCAAAAUCAUUUACUUUCUAUGUGCCAAGUACUGAUAUAAGUACUUUGGUGAAUUAACUUUUUUCAUCCUUACAGCAAUCCUGUGAUGCAGGUACUUUUAUCCCUAUUUUAUAGAUGAGUAAAUUGAAACAGAAGGUAACUUGCCCAAAGCCACAUACUAUAACUACAGAACAGGGAUUCAAACCCAUGCAGUCCCAGUGUAAAGUUUGUGCCAUUAACUCUAAUAUAAUAUCUUGGUUUGUCUGUGUUUUCCCUAGUAUUCCAUCCCAUUAUUCUUGCCCCAUCCCUACAUAUCUUUAUAUAAAUCAGUGUAUGACAUUCUAAUGUCUUAGUAGAAUCUUGGGUAUCAUCACACAUGUUCUGUUUAUUUCAGUUAAACAUUGUAAAAGAACAGCUGGAUAGUCCGCUGGCUUGUUUGAAGGACCAGCCUCUGAGUUGUGCUCAUACUGGGCCACAGUCUAUUUUAUUUAUAUAUAUAUAUAUACAUAUAUAUAUCCCAGUUUUAUUAGUUUGUCCAGGUAAAUAAGACUGAUUCUGCUCACCAAUUAAUAAGAAACCAAUUUAUAAUCCAAAAAGCAUUUAUUGAUUUUAGAUUAGAGGGUAUGAGGAGAAGCAGGUUUCCUUUAUAAGAACUAGAAUACCUGUAUCUGCAGGCCAGGCAGUCCAUGACAACACACAUACCCUUCAGUGUUUGUCCAGGAUAUAUCAAGUGCAAUCAUGGGACUGCCAUAGUUUGAAUCUUGCAUGUCCCCCAAAAGCCCUGUGUUGAAGGCUUAGUCCCAACCCAGGGAGCUAUUGGGAGGCUGUGGAACCUUUGGGAGAUGGGAACUAGUGGAAGGAAGCUGGGUCAUGGGGGCAUGCCCUCAAAGGGGAUAUUGGGGCCCUGACUCCUCCUGUCUCUGCUUUCUGGCUGCCAAGAGCUGAGAAGAUCCUCUACCAUGCACUCCACAAUGAUAUACUGUGCUGCCACAGGCCCAAAACAAUGACCAAACAACCAUGGACUGAAACCAUGAGCCAAAAUAACCCUUUCCUCAUUUUUAAGUUGAUUUAUCUCAGGUAUUUGUCACAGUAAUAGAAAGUUGACUAACAUGGUAUUAACACUAAAGGAUAUUCAAGUAUAAAGACAUUGAAGCAGUUUAGUUCUAGAAAAGGAUAGAAAAAGGAUAGUGGGAACAGAUGGAGAAUAAAUAGACUCAGAUAUUUUUAAGAAUUUAUAAUAAACAUGGUUUUCAUUUUUGAGUGAUAAAAACCCAAAUACAUCUAGCUUAAGCAAAAAAGGAAUAUUUAGCCACCAUAGUCUCAAACUAUGGGCAGCAACAAACCUUCCCUUAGGGCAAUUAGAAUUAGAGAUGCUUAAUACCAUCAGUACUUGCCACCUGUCUUCUGUCAGGCAAAUUUAGACUGACUUCCAUAUAGAUUCAAGAUCAAAGCAUAAAA